AUGGCACCAAUUGUUUUUGAUGAAUUAAAUGUAUUUACAUUUCCUCAUAGUCGAAUGAGAAAAUUAAUGAAUUGUUGUACAUCAAAAGUUGGUCAUACAGAUUUUACAAGUUUAAAUGAUUUUGAACAAUUAUUAGUAAGAUUACAACGUACAUUUGUUGAAUUUAUGGCACAUGAAGAAAUUGAAAAUCAUUUUGUUAUGAAAAAAUUAAAGAAAAAAUUAAAACAACAUUCAACUAUAGAUGAUACAGAAUUGAUUUGUAAUUGUCAUAAAGUUGAUCGUUUUACACCAUUAGUCAGUUUAUUUCGUGAUGGUUAUGCAUUUAUACGUCGAGGAAAUGCUGAUAGAGUUUCUUAUGGUGUUAAAUUACAUAAAGCAAUGAUGAAAUUCUAUGAUGAUUUUGUUCCACAUAUGCAUGAAGAAGAAAAUGAUAUUCAACCAUUACUUUCAAAAUAUUUUACUGAAAUGGAAUUAAAAAUAAUGCGUAUUGAAGUUAUUAAAAUGACAUUACAAAAACGAGAAAAUUCAGCAAAUAAUAUUGUUUAUGAAAUUGAACGACCAUUAAAAAUAUAUGUAAUAUCAUAUGAACGAUUGAUAUCAAUAAAUAAUUUAUCGAAUAAUAUUUUACAAUCUAUUAUGAAAUAUUUAACUGAUCGACAAUUAAAACAAUCAUGUCUUCGAGUUAAUAAACAAUGGAAUCAAUGUGCAUUAAAAGUUCUUGAUACUCGUUCACCAAUUUCUCAAAUUCCAAAUGAAAUUUUAUUACGUUUAUUUACAUAUUAUUUAAAUCCAUAUGAUUUAUUUCAUUCAUGUAUUCAUGUUAAUAAACAAUGGAAAAAUAUUAUUAAUGAUAAAAGUAUUUGGAAAAUUGUUAAUCCGAUUAAUUGGUCAAAAGGUCAAUGGGAUUCAAAUAUUCCAUUGGAAGAUAUCAAUAAACAUGAAGAUGAUACGAUAACAGUAAAAAUGAAUGAAAUAAAAAUAAUUUCUGGUUUUGUUAAAUAUUUUUUACCAAAUUAUGGUUCUUCAAUUGAAAAUCUUAUUUUAUAUGGAAGUUUAACAAUUAAUGAUAAUACUGCUAGAAAAAUCUUUGAUUUAUGUCCGAAUAUGAAACAUCUCAAUAUUGGAAUGACUAAAUUAACGCCGAAAGCAUUUAUACAUUUUCGAUGGGUAAAUUCAUUGGAAAGUUUAUUAUUAGAAGGAUGUGAAUUAAUGGAUGAUAAUCUAUUUAAUCAUUUAAUUUCAUCAUUAAUUUUAAACGAAACUAAUGAAAUAAUUCCAAUUGAAGAUAAACAAAAUUGUUUAGUUGAAAAUCUUUGUCAAAAUCAUACGAAACAUAAAUGUUAUCUAUGUCAACAAUAUUCACAAUUUAAUUCAAAAAAUUCAAUUAAAUUUCAAUUAAAAAUUCUUAAUUUAUCUGGUUGUUAUCGUUUUACUGAUUAUGGUUUAAAUUUAUUAAUUGAAAAUAAUUUAACAAAAUGUUUAGAAUAUAUUGAUUUAUCUGGUUGUAUUGGAAUAACAUUUGAUUGUAUAUCUUUUUUAAUAUCAUCAUCAAAGAAUUUAAUUAAUGAAAAUAUUUAUUUUUGUGAUAAUCUUCAGUCAUCAUCAUCAUUAUUAUUAUCAACAGCUAAUUGUUGUCGUAAUGUUGAUAAUUAUUCUGGACGUUAUUGUUGUCGUUGUAUAAACUGA